AAAGCGGGCAUAAUUACUGCGACCCUAGCCCACCAGGUGGCGGUGCAGCCUGCGGGAGCUAUUGGAUAAGGCGGGGCCAGCCGCUGGCGGGGGCGGGGCGUCAUGUGACCCUGUGGACUUCCUGACUCAGCAGUCAGUGCUUGUGUCUGCAGGUGUUGCGUCGGCUGGCGGAGCCCCGCCCCUGUGGAACUGUCGCUGUCCCCGUUUGCCCUCCCUUCCCUCUGUCCUGUCCCCAGGCCAGCACCAGGCUGGCGCUCAUCUGCCUGCAGGACUGGUUCCGCUCGCUCUCCUCCUGGGGCUGCAGUACUCUGGCUGUGGGCUGCAUUGGAAGGACCUUGAGAGACCUUCAAACCACACAAUGGAGGAAGUGACCUUUGAGGAUGUGGCUAUGACCUUCACCAGGGAGGAAUGGGCUUUGCUGAAUCCAUCUCAAAAGAUGCUCUACAGAGAUGUGAUGUGGGAAAUAUUUACGAACAUGGCUGCUAUACGAAGAACACGGGAUAACCAGGAAAUUUAUGAAGCAUACAAAAGUUGCUGGAGAAAUGUAAGGAAUGAAGAGGUAGAGAAAUGCUAUCAACAUAAAGCUUGGAACCAACAUGAAGUGAUAUUCCUUUGCACUCCAGAUGCCACUGUGAACAUGAAGGAAGCUGUUUUAAAACCAGUUGAAAGCUUUGCUUAUAGAAAGUCCUUGAUUGGUCAUUCGUUGCCAAAUGUGCCCAUCAUAUCUCACAGUGGACACAAACCAUGUGAGUAUGAGGGAUUUGAAGAGAUACUGGCUAGAUGUAGUGGACCUGGGAAACCUUGCAGUGAUUCCCAAUCCUUUCAGAAGCAAGCAAGUAGAAAGGAAUGUGGGAAAGCCUACUCUGAUCUUAGAGAAAGACCUCACCAUGAUGUGAAGACCUUGGUAUGUAAGAAAACUGUGCAAGUCUCUAGCACACCCCAAGACAUUGAAAUCCAUGAAAAAACACACACUGAGGGAAAUCCACAUGUAGGUAAACAAUCUAGGAAAACAUUCCGUAAGUGCAAAUAUUUGCAAAGACAGGAAAGAAGUGACUCUGGUAAAAACUAUGAAUGCAAGCAAUGUAGGAAAUUAUUCACUACAACCAAAUAUUUGAAAAUACAUGAAAGAAUUCACACUGGGGAUAAACCCUAUGUAUGUAAGCAAUGUGGGAAAGCAUUCAUUACAAGCAGUUGUUUAAAAGUACAUGAAAGAAUUCACUCUGGGGAAAAGCCUUACGUAUGUAACCAAUGUGGGGAAGCAUUCACUACACGCAGGUUUUGUAAAAGACAUGAAAAAAAUCACACUGGCAAGAAACCCUAUGUAUGUAAACAAUGUGGGAAGGCAUUCGCUACACAAAUGCGUUAUAAAAUACAUGAAAGAAGUCACACUGGUGAGAAACUGUAUGUAUGUAAUCAAUGUGGGAAAUCAUUUGCUGCACUGAGUUAUUGUAAAAUACAUGAAAGACGUCACAGUGGGGAGAAACCCUAUGUAUGUAAGCAGUGUGGGAAAGCAUUCAUUACAAACUGUUAUUUAAAGGUACAUGAAAGGAUUCACACUGGGGAGAAACCCUAUGUAUGUAACCAAUGUGGGAAAGCAUUCACUACACACAGGUUUUGUAAAAUACAUGAAAGAAAUCAUACUGGUGAGAAACCCUAUGUAUGUAAGGAAUGUGGGAAAGCAUUCACUACACACAUGAAUUAUAAAAUACAUGAAAGAAGUCACACUGGUGAGAAACUGUAUGUAUGUAAGCAAUGUGGGAAAUCAUUUGCUGCACUCAGUUAUUGUAAAAUACAUGAAAGAAUUCACACUGGGGUAAAACCCUAUGAAUGUAAGCAAUGUGGGAAAGCAUUCGGUACUCAGAGCAAUCGUCAAAAACAUGAAAGACGUCACACGGGGGAGAGACCCUAUAAAUGUAAGCAAUGUGAGAAAGCUUUUACUACAAAUGGUUGUUUAAAAGUACAUGAAAGAAUUCACACUGGAGCGAAGCCCUAUGUAUGUAUGCAAUGUGGGAAAAUAUACAAUACACGCAGUGGUUUUAAAGUACAUGAAAGAAUUCACACUGGGGAGAAACUCUAUGUAUGUAAGCAUUGUGGGAAAGCAUUCACUAGAAUCUAUUAUGGGAAAAUACAUGAAAGAAUUCACACUGGGGAGAAACCCUAUGAAUGUAAACAAUGUGGGAAAGCAUUCACUACAAAUGGCUGUUUUAAAAUACAUGAAAGACGUCACACUAAUGAGAAACCCUAUAAAUGUAAGCAAUGUGGGAAAGCAUUUACUACACACAACUACUGUAAAACACAUGAAAGAAUUCACACUGGAGAGAAGCCCUUUGUAUGUAAGCAGUGUGGAAAAGCAUUCACUACACACGGUCGUUUUAAAAUACAUGAUAGAAUUCACACUGGGGAGAAACCCUAUAAGUGUAAGCAUUGUGGGAAAGCAUUCCGUGUUAACAGCAGUUACAGAACACAUGAAAAAGGUCACAUUGGGCACAGACCUUAUGUAUGCAAGCAGUGUGGGAAAGCAUUCAUUACACACAGUUCUUGUCAAAGACAUGAAAGAAGUCACACUGGCGAGAAACCCUACGAAUGUAAGCAAUGUGGGAAAGCUUUCACUACACGCAGUCAUUGUCAAAAACAUGAAAGAAAUCACACCAAGUAGAAAUCCUCUGUACAUAAGCCUUUUGGGGAAGGGUUUUCCAAGUCUUUAUAGAUAUAAAGGAAUUCACAGUGGAAUGAAACC